ACAUGGAAGAAUUUAGACCGUCCUUUUACCAUGACAUCUGAAAUGUACAAAGCCAUACAUGAAGCACUUGGAACGACGCGUUUCAUUGCCACUGGUCAGAUGGGCGGCGGUUGCAUCAAUGAAGGCGAAGUUUAUGAGGUGGAUAACGGGAAGGUUUAUCUGAAGAGAAGUUCAAAGGAAAAGGCAAGGGAUAUGUUUGAUGGAGAGUUUGAAAGUCUAAAGGCCUUGAAAGCAACGGGAACGGUGAAGGUUCCUACCCCACACAUAGUCGUAGACAACCCCACCGGCGGAGCUGUGUUAUGCAUGGAAUACCUUGACAUGCGCAGUUUAAAUCGUCAUUCUGGAAGCCUUGGGAAACAGCUAGCAGAGCUCCACCUGUACAACAUCGAAGAAGGAAAGAAAGCAGAGUCGAACGACAGCUACGUCGGUCAAGGUGAGAAAGAAUGCCAGCAGUACACAUCGCAGUUUGGCUUCCACAUCACCACAUGCUGUGGGUACAUCCCCCAAGAGAACAGCUGGUGCGAUGACUGGGUUGAUUUUUACGCAAGAAAGCUUCAGCAGCAGUUGACGCUGGUUGAGAAAGAUUAUGGUGACAGAGAGGCCCGAGAAUUAUGGUCCAAGCUUCAGUUGAAACUCCCGGAGUACUUCAAAGACAUAGAAGUGAAGCCAUCUCUUCUCCACGGUGACCUGUGGAGUGGUAAUGCUUCAGAAAUUGCCGACUGUCCAGUGAUAUUUGAUCCAGCAUCUUUCUACGGGCACCACGAAUUCGAUCUUGCGAUCGCUGGCAUGUUUGGAGGCUUCAGCAGGAGGUUUUGGGACGAGUACCACAAAGUUAUCCCAAAGGCUCCAGGCUGGAAUGAGAGGCACAAAUUAUAUCAGCUGUUCCAUAACCUGAAUCAUUGGAAUCAUUUCGGAACGGGAUAUCGCAGUGGUAGUCUGCAGUUGAUGCGAACUCUCUCCAAGUAGGCUGCAGAGAAUGAUUCCUUGCAAGAAUUGAAGCAGCAUGCAGAAUCUGCAAAGAAGCAAUAUUGUACAACUUGAAGAUGAGUAAACUAAUGAAGAAAGUUUUGCUCUUUGAAUGCUAAAAGGAAAACAGUUUUGGACACUGAGCUAUGAUUAAGCUUGGAAUAAAUUUAUAUUUACUCUUGACUGCCUUUCCACCAAUUGCAGUGAUUUAGUCAAACCAUAAUCUAUACAAUACUUAAAUCUACUGAAUAUUUAAGGAAGUUGGUUAGGAAAGCAUUUACUUACUUGUGAUGGUCUCCUCAUACAGGCAGUCCCCGGGUUACGACGGGGUUCCGUUCUUGAGACGCGCUGUAACCCGAAAAUCGUCGUAACCAGGAACUUCAUAAAAAAUCCUAAGAAAACCUUACUUUUAAUGCUUAGGGUGCAUUAAAAACUAUGUAAACUGCAUUCUUAUUGCAUUUUUCAUCUAAAAGAACUUCAAAUAUUGAUUAUUUUGCAUUUUUGGUUUCAUAUUUCUUCUGCCAGAUCAGCAUUGUAGGCGUCGUAACCCUACAAAUAAUUUCUGAUGAGUAUAAUUGAAAAGCGCCUUAACCUCGGAACGUCGUAAGCCAAACCCGUCGUAACCCGGGGACUGCCUGUAGUACUCUUUUCAAGUACAUACUCUAUUUAUACUCCAUAUCAAAACUUGUAAAGUAUACUGUCAGUAAGAUUAAUUUUGAACAUUUUGCAUGAAUGGUGCCAAACAUAAGGACUUGAGUACACGUCUACCCAGCAGGCACUUUCAAAGGACUUUCAGUAAGAGAUGAAGAGCGUAGUUUUCCGACGGUAAGUUUUGUAUUGAUAUUAGGUACGUGAGAUGUACCAUCAGUAUUAUUAUGGCUAAACUAUCAAAUAAUACAGUAAUACUUCUGCCAGCUAGUGAUCGUUAGUCUAGUUGAAUUGGAAACUCUUUUUGAAACCUGACCGCUUUCCAUCAUACAUUCCACUUUGCUGUAACUGUGACAUAUUCGUUACUUGAACUGUUUUAAGAAAUAAGUGUCAUCCACUACAUAUCAUAAAGAAAUAAUAGAUCUCUAUUUGUAGGUAGUAUGUAUACAGGACUCACGCAAAUUCAAAAGCAGUCCAGUUAAUUUGUCUACGUUUUGCUUGCGAAGAAAAUGGGAAACUUUACACCAAUACUGAUCAUUUGUUGAGGGCCAUCAUUUAAUGUUACAUUUGAAAGAACUUAUUUUAUUUUAUCAUCCUUUUAUGAAUAGACAUGCAGCAUUGAGUUUCUUUCAGAGGUAUAUAAUAGUAGUUUCUUGCUUGAAAACUGGUACAGCUGCAGUAUUGUGAUUAAGUGUACCGUAAUUUUGAGUCGCUGCACUUUAUGUUCGAAGGGUAAGCACACCUAAUCCAGUGAAUGAACUUUUGAUAAGUCUAACUUUAAGCUGAAAUGUAUCGAGCAAAACAAUGGACAUGAUAGCAUCAUCUGGUGGAAAUUUAGCUUGCAAUGCAUCUGGGAAUUGGUGGCAUGAUUUUGAAAGUGGUCCAAAUAUGUAAGAUCUACUCUUUACAAAUGUGCUUUUCUCAAUCUCUUACCUUAACAUCCUACUGCUACUUCCCAUCUUGGUAACAUCUGUCCACAUGACUAAAAAAUCACUACAAAGUAAAAAAUAUAUAAUGUAUGUAGCUUUAAAGAUGUUUAAUAUCCCCUUUUAGAAAGGGGUUGCGUUUGUCCAGGCCUCAGUAUAUUACCUCACUUUCUCGAUUAAAAUGUUUUUUUAUAAGAGUUACAGAAACAAUUUACAUUAAUAUGCAUUUGGUUAAAGUCUAUGCGCGAUUUUGUGUAUAUUUCUUUAUGUACACUGCAUUUCUUUGGUUACCAAUUAUUUAAGAAUAAUAAAAGGUUAAGAAAAUGCUCUAUGUAGAGUUCUGUGAGGGAAAGUUAGGUUUGAAGUUUGUAAAUUAAAUAGAACUUUGAUUUAACGAACAGCAAAGCAUCCAUGUUGGUUGAGCUGUGAAAAGGUAGACUAAGUUUGGAUGGCAGAUAAUAGUACUAAUAAGUUAAGGUAGGUUUAUAAAAAGCUCCAUAAUAUUGAAGAGUGUAUGAAAUAUAAGAAAAAAUCCCUGUAUGAAAUAAAUUUAGUAUGUUAAUGUAAAGUAACUCUCAAACGCCACCCUUAAUUUGAAUGAUGUUUCAGGCUGAAUUCCCACAAUAUUUAUUUUCUGUAAUGAUAUUAUUCUGUAUUCUGUUAUGUUUGUAACCUUUGUUACAUGCUUUAUUUCUGUAAUUUUGUUACGCUGUAUUUAACAGAAAACAUGAUUCUGUGUAAGCACACAAAACCAAAACAGUGAAAAGUGUGUAGAUGAUGUAUAUUUUAAGGUCCAAACAGUCCAGCAAAUGUAUAAGAGGCCUAGUCUAAGUCCCCAGUGCUUACUCUUCAAAGCCAAUACUGUCAACACAGUUUAACACGAAUAAAAUUAGUUUUCGUAAAGAUUAGUGAUUAAUGUUAGUACCUAACUUGCUUGUGAUAUUUUGGUAUAGAUAAAGAAAUGCUGUGAUAAUUCAUGAAUGCCUGAGGUAUUGAACACAAAAACUGUAUGGGAACUGUAUUAUAAUAGUUUCUCUGUAUUGCAUACUUCCUUUAAACAAUAUGCUAUUGGUCAUAUGACCAUGUUUAUCCUAUGUCAAGUUUUCCUAAUGCUCUAUUGUACUUCAAAAGUAGUUCUGUUCCUUGGUAGGUAUCCUGAUUCAUCUUGCAACUAUACAAAUGUUGAAAAAUGCAGCUUUUGUAUGUUAUAAGUGCAGUUCUUAUCUAUCAGUAUUUUGAAGGCAGCUGCCACAACUGUACAGAACUUCCAAAAGUAUUUUAAGUUUUAUAUGAUGCUGUAAAAAUGAAAUGUAUAUGUUAGUUGUAAAAUUGUAAGUAUACUCUACGUAUAAUCCAUGAAACCUAAGUGAUAAGUGAAAUUAUAAUUUGUAUUAAUUCUUAUGUGAAGUUUUGACAGCUUAAUUUUUUUGAACUAUGAUGUUAAACACAAUGAAAACAUAUAAGACUAGCAUGACUGUAGUGUCAGUGAUGUGAAGUAUUCAUUAAAUAAAUGGUUACAAAACAUUAUA